AUGCAGCCCUGUCAGAACUGCGUGGCAUGGAAUCUCGCAUGUGAAGUAGGAAUCUCGAGACGUGGAAAAUAUCCCCGCAGAAAGAAAAAGGGAUUGACUCGAACGCCCACAAGCAAUGAGACAACAAAUGCAGCGAAGUCCCGAGUCUUACAAGGCCAGUUGCUAGUAUCUGGACAGUGCUUGCAGUAUACACAGGCUCGCCCUUCAACGUCAGAGGAUGCGAUCCAUAAAACUGUCUUCCUCGGCGAGUCUAGUCCUCUGACCUGCGUUGUCGAUGAAAGUCGACGAUCCCCGGAGAAGGGUCACGCAGGUAGUGUCCAAAAAGGGCGAUUGCACUACUCAAUUUCUGAGAUAAGUGCCGGAACCAAAGACAGUCACGAUUCGUUAGGCCCCCGUGGCAAGCUGAUUCAUGAUCGCCUUACCCGCGAAGGGGCCCUUGCAUUCCCCUCGCCCGCCAUCUGCGACACACUACUGCAAGCUUAUUUUGAUUGGCUCCACCCUUGCUUUCCGAUCCUUGAUCGGGCAGGUCUGCAAAGUGCCUACCAAGAUGGCACGUUGUCACCUCUACUCCUGCAGUCGAUGCUGUUCAUUGGUGUUAGCCUGUGCUCGGAUUCAGCCUUAAGCACCACUGGAUUUGGCAAUCGAUAUCAAGCCAAAGAGGCAAUCUAUGAGCGUGCAAAGGAUAUUUAUGACUCAGGAUUGGAAACUGACACAGUCACCAAGUUACAAUCAUUGUUCUUGUUGAGCUUUUGGCGUGGGGGUCCCACAGAGGAGCGUGAUGUUCGAUUCUGGCUCGGAGCCGCCAUUAGUCUUGCUCAAAAGAAAGGAAUGCAUGUCAUCUCUAAGUUGCAGUUCCUCAAUGUCAAGGACCAAAGGAUAUGGAAACGAAUUUGGUGGGCUUUAUAUGUCCGUGAUCAACAGACAUCGGCAGCUCUUGGACUGCCACCGAGAAUACGCGAUGAAGAUUGCCAGAUAGCUGAUCUCGAGCCCGCGGACUUUGAGGAAGGCGAGCAAACGGGGCCUUCUAAAAUAUUCCGAGCUCCACCAGAAGUUCACGUCUCAUAUGUUAUUGGAAUGGCCCAAUUGGCCAGACUAUUGCGGGAAAUUGUCUCCAGCCAAUAUCUACCCGGUCGGUCAAAAUUGGAUAAUCCAGCCCGACCGAUGCUUCAUCGACGCUUGGUGGACUGGGAAUCGCAACUCCCGAAAGAACUUCAUUUCCAGAUACCAAUGAACAGAGAUGCUAUGUUUCUUGUGGGCAUGCUUCAUAUGGCUUAUAAUAACUUAUACAUACUUUUAUAUCGACCGCUUUUCUUACAGCCCUCUGGUCAAUCGUCGGACCUAGAAGGCAAUGUCGCUCUUGAUGCUGCAACACGAAGCACCCGUAUAUUAGAGGACAUGCUCUCAGAAAAUCUGGUCCAACAUGGAUCAGUCCACUUGAUUACUCACACAUUCUCCUCAUUAUGUAUACUCACCAUACAUUUCGGUCGGGUGAUAGGCACUGCCCGUAAGCUAGCAGAACACAGGGCAAAGUUAUGUCUCCUGGGCUUGAAAGAACUACAGAAAUCAUGGGAUCUGGAGAACUGGGUGCUGGAUCUUUUCUUUCGGUGCUUGGAUGAUCGUACUGCUCGCGAUCUCCGAUUAGCUGACAACACUGUACCAUCGGCAUCGCAGAGAACUGGCGGCCAUGACUACGAAGAGGCCUCACUCGUAACGCCUGCUACUGGCACAUAUCAACUCCUCUCCCCCAACACGGCGGGCAAUCCGUUGCUGUCAGCCAACACAGCCCCUUUGCAAAAUUCUAUCGAUGAGGCCCCAGUCAAUAUGGACUGGUACGAACUGUUCAAUAUGGAGGGUGAUGAUGUUAUGGGUCUUGCGGGCUCAUUAUCAAAUCCGGACUAUCUGAACCCCCAGAACCUCGAGUUUUUGUAUCGAUUUUUGUAA